GCCGCGCCUCCUGCUACUGCUGCUGCCGCUGUCGCCGCUGUCGCCUCCGCCCCAGCCUGCCCCGCUGCCGCGCCCGCUGUGGCCGGGACGCUGGACUUGGGUCUCCACUGCGGUCCGAGGGGAGCGGGCUCCGCUCGGCGCUGUCUUUCUGCGACCUGGCCGUCAGCCCCAAGUCGCCGGCCUGGAGGGGCGAGGAAGACGCGGGGGCCCAGGCUUCCCCGGGGGACAUUGGCUCUCUGGAUUAUCAGGAGUUAGUAGUUGAUGUGGAGUCCAAGCUGAAGAUGGAAGGAGUGGAGCUUAAAGAAGAGUGGCAAGAUGAAGAUUUCCCAAUACCUUUACCAGAAGAUGACAGUAUUGAAGUAGACAUAUUAGCUGUAACUGGACCGGAGAGCCAACCUGCUUCACUAGAAGUUAAUGGAAAUAAAGUAAGGAAGAAACUUGUAGCCCCAGAUAUCAGCUUGACGCUGGACCCUGCUGAUGACUCUGUGUUGUCAGAUGACCUGGAGGAGAGUGGGGAGAUCGACCUGGACGGCCUGGACACCCCGUCUGAGAACAGCAAUGAGUUUGAGUGGGAAGAUGAUCUUCCCAAACCCAAAACUACUGAAGUUAUUAGGAAGGGGUCAAUUACUGAAUACACAGCAGCAGAAGAAAAAGAAGAUGGACGGCGCUGGCGUAUGUUUAGAAUCGGAGAACAGGACCACAGGGUCGACAUGAAGGCAAUAGAGCCCUACAAGAAAGUUAUCAGCCAUGGAGGAUAUUAUGGGGAUGGAUUAAAUGCCAUUGUUGUGUUUGCUGUUUGCUUUAUGCCUGAAAGUAGUCAACCAAAUUAUAGGUACCUGAUGGACAAUCUCUUUAAGUAUGUUAUUGGCACUUUGGAGUUGUUAGUAGCAGAAAACUACAUGAUAGUUUAUUUAAAUGGUGCAACAACUCGAAGAAAGAUGCCCAGUCUGGGGUGGCUCAGGAAAUGCUAUCAACAAAUUGAUAGAAGGUUACGGAAAAACCUGAAAUCUCUAAUCAUUGUACAUCCAUCUUGGUUUAUCAGGACUCUUUUGGCUGUUACAAGACCAUUUAUUAGCUCAAAAUUCAGCCAAAAAAUUAGAUACGUCUUUAAUCUGGCAGAACUAGCAGAACUUGUACCCAUGGAAUAUGUUGGCAUACCAGAAUGCAUAAAACAGUAUGAAGAAGAAAAGUUAAAAAAGAAACAAAAACAAAAAAGAGUCGACCAAGAGCUUAAUGGAAAGCAAGAUGAACCAAAAAGUGAACAGUAAGUUUGGCGUCUGGUGCAGCAAGACUGAAGAAUGUGCUGAGGAACCAGUGCUCUUUUUUUGCACUUAUAAUGCAUCUAUUGGCCCUGAUUUUAUGUAACCUGUCACAAAAAUAACUUGACUUUCCUUACUGGACUUUUGUAUAAGGAACUGUUCACUGCUGUAUCAGUUGCAGAUCUCUUAGUUAAUUGUGUUGUAAUCGUUUUAUAUUUUAUAUUACUAAAUAGUAGAGAACUGUACUUUAUAUAAAGCUGUUUUUGCAUUUGUUUAUUGAAUUAUGCAUCUUCUUCAGUAAAAUAUUUAUAUGUCUAAGUGGUAAAGGAAAGAGAUAAUAUAUUUUUUAUGUUUUUGAGCAAUAUUUUGUAAUUAUACCUGCUUGUGGAAGGAUAUGCAGGUAAAUAAGACCAUGAUUUAUACAGAGAAUGUUAAAACUUUUGUUUUUGUAAAUGGUUAAAGACGUUUCCUAAGUAACUUAGAGAACAAAGUUGCUCAUGAGAUGAGGGACAGUUCAAACUGGUUCUCAUAAUUGCCCAAAGGUCAUGCACAAGACAUUUUAAGUAGAUUAGUACAAUCCUAAAAUUUCUUUUCAUUUUAUGUAUAUUAUUGAUUCAGAUGUGCAAAUACAAGUGCAUUGCACACUUUAUUAAAUUUAAAGACAAGUCAAAAGACCAUUUUUUGUAUCUAAAAAAUUUAAGAGAGUUAGCAUUUCAUGUGUAUAUAUGGGACAUGUUUCCUUCUGGCCAAAAGUUAUAUUUAAAAACAAAAACCUGAGGUUUGCUCACUAAUGUGAAGUAAUUGUGUGCCCAGGGUCUUACUCUCUUAAAUUUGUGUGAAUGCAGUGUUGUAUUCAGAGAAUGAUGAGUUAUUCACUGUCACAACUUUUCUAUAGAAAAAUGAGCUGCUUUUGAAUUUCAGUGUGGGCACUUUACCAAAUACUUUCAUAUUGGUUAUUUAAACUUGAUAAGUAUUUAACCUAGUUAGAUAUAGUGCUUUUACAUUUUCUGUUGAAUUAUGUUGCUAGUACUGUAAAUUAAGCUAGUUUUUUAAUUUUUAGAGCAUUAUUAUAUUAUGCUGUGUGGAGAUAGCACAUAUAAAAUAGGCACAUAAACUCCGUAUUUGAUUUGGUCAGUACUUUUACUCUAUAUUUAAUAAAAUCAUUCUUACACCCCUGAACAGAACAUAAUUAUAAAAACACCAUAAUAGGACAGAUUAAUCUGAUAUUGCAUCACACACCUGGGAAGCUCAGUACCCUCUUGAAUUAAGAAAUAUACCUCACUUCUACGGAGCACAUGUGAUGCAUGCCCUAGAACAGCAGAACUGAAACCAGUCAGAGCUAAGCUUUUCAGAUUUGUUUCUGUUCGAAACAUGCAGAAUCCUCUUCCCGUUGCCAUUUUUGUAUAAAGCUUCUAUUACACAAGAGAAUUGCCCUUUCCUUCUGCCAUCCUCAGUCAUAUGGUGGCAUGCUGCUUUGAAGUCCAGUAGGAGUUCCCUGAGGCUCCUCAUGAUGACAUGCUCCGAGGCAGCUUCGGACUUUAACUCAGGUCUUGGCCUCGUGGGCAGAUCCUGAACAACUGAGAUAGUGAAUAAAAGCCAGAACCGUUCUUGCUUGUAAAAGCAAACUAACAAUAAUUUAAACAUACAUUCCUUCUGAAUUGACCACAUAAGAGUUAUGGAUAAAGGAUCUUAAUGAAUUUAAUGUGAUUAAAAUUUAUAUAUGUUGAGUACUUUCCUAUAGUCCUUACUGACACUCAAAAUGAAGCUUUUAACAGGUGGUUUUUCCUCCACAUAAAAAAGGUGUUCUCCAGUUUAAAGAAAAAAUACCAGUAGUCAUCUUAAUUAGUGCUUUAUGUUGACUGUUGCUUUGCAAGCAAUAUUCCUAACUGUUCAUAUAAAUUGUUGCAAAAGUGUGUUUUACUAAGACCUUUUAAAGAGGAAGCUACUGUACUAUUCUCUUAGACCAUUAAGUUCAGAAGGAACAGUGAUGAUACCUGGGAUCUGACUAGAGGAAUGUGCUGGGAAUCACACGGCGUGCCUCUCUCCUACCUUACGGAGUUUGGCACAGCAGCAGUCCCCAUAGUUGUUUAGACUUAAGAUCAUAAUAACUAGUAGGCUAGAGGGAAAGUAUGUAUUAACUUUAAUCGGAUGCUUUUGCCACUGUUUUUUGUUUAUAUUUGAACUAUGAGUGCUUCUUCUGUCAAAAGGUCCAUGCAUAAAAUAAUCUAACUGUGUUCUGGCUUGGUCAUAUCCUUCAGUAGCACCAAGAAAAGAUGUUAUAGUGACCACAGUUUAAGCUUAAUGAUCUUGAACUGGGGUCAGGGAGAAUAAAUGAAGGAAUAUGAUUGUAAGUAAGGCCUAAAAGGCCUUUGGAGAGGAAGAUGACAAAACAGGAAGAAAGAAAAUUAUAGGGGCUAGAAAGUGUACAAGAGAUGGAGCGCUUACCUUGCAUGCAGCAGACGAGGGCUUGAUCCUUGGCACCCCAAGUGGUCCCCUAAGUCCCACCGGAAGUGAUUCCUGAGUGCAGAGCCAAGAGUAACCCCAGAGCAUUACCUGGUACAGUCCAAACGCCAGGGAAAAAAAGAAAAUUCUAAAAGAGUGAAGAGUGUUUUUGAGUCUGAGAUGCCAUUGAAUGACAGUCCCGGACAGGGGUAGUGCUGUAUGUGGAGCAGGAAAGCCUGCAGGGUGAGCACAGACUGUGGGGAGGGGAAGGCAGAAAGGAGGAAGGCUGGGGCCUGUAGGAGAGCUUCCUGUUCUUUUGCUCUCUUGAUACAGAAGCAAAUUUGAACAGAGAGGAGCAACAGAUUAAAUUUAGCAGUAGGUUAUUUUCCAUACUUAAGGGUUGUAAACAUAAAUAUAUAAUCUUCAAAGUGAAAAUCACUUUAGUAACUGCACAGAACACUGAAACAUGUGGAUGGCAAUGAGUGUGUAUCAGUUAGAAUUCCUUUGGCAGCCAUUUUAAGAAUUUAAAGAAAAUAAUCUGCUUUUUGGAUCGAUCUUGUAAAUUUCUUGGCUAUAAGGCAUUAUAAAUUGGCCACUUUAUGCAUCUACUCAAGCAAUUUGGAAGUUUCCAAAUUAGUACAAAAAUAACUCUUGAUUUCUUCUAUGGAUAGAGUCCAGGUUAUUGAAGAGAUUGGAGCUUCAUCAUGGGGUUGGGACUCUAGCCUUCCUUUGCUGUUGCAAAAAAUUACUGAUUUUGUUCUAUCAGAGACAGGAGAAAUCGACUGAAAAUAGAGAUUGUGCCCCCUGUUCUAAAUAGGUAUUUAAGAAAUGUAUCUGAAAUCUCAGAAAGGUGGGCUAGGUAGAGGUAUUAAUAUACUUGUAAGAAUUACAACUAUUCUAUUAGAGAACAGAAGUUACAUGGUUUAAGUGCUGGGAGAAGAGCACAAUUCUAAUAGUUGAAUAGAAUUACAACUAUUCUAUUAGAGAACAGAAGUUACAUGGUUUAAGUGCUGGGAGAAGAGCACUUAGAUUUGCAAGGCAGUGUCUGCUGUUAAUGUGGGGGAAGGAACUGGGAGAUUACCCAAACUGGUAGUGAAGAAUUGCCUAGAGAGCCUCCUCCCUCCUACCACCCCAGGAUUCAGAAUUAAUUAAAAUACGAUCAAUGGUAAGUCACUAAUGUAACGUUCCUUUAAAAUUAUAAAUGGUAAUUGGAAGUAAGGUAAAGAAUAACCCUAAAAUUAAAAUAGGGGCCAAAGAGAUAGUAUAGUAGGUAAGGCACUUGCCUCGCACAUAUCCAUCACCAGCACCUUUAUGGUCCCCCUAGCCCACCAGGAGUGAUCCCUGAGUGCAGAGCUAUCGUUGGCUCAAAAACAAACCAAAAAAUUAAAUAAAAUGAGAAUAGAACUUGGUUGCAAUUAUAUAUGUAGAUCUACUUAAUUUCCUAUGUAUUUAUGUAUAACUAAAAGCUAUAAACUGCUGAUAACAGGUAAAGGCCAGGUGAAAGUCAAGUAUCUAAUACUUGUAAAUUAGUAGGGAAUAAGCUGGUUGCUUCAAGAUAGUCUGAUUCAAUCAUAAGACAUUCCACAAAAGGUUAAGACAUUUUCACUUUGAAAUUUCUGUGCAUUUUCACAUUCAAUAUGACUAAGGAAAAAUUUGAAAAAUAUAUUACUUCCAUGUUUUUUAGUAGAAAGAAAUGUUUUUUUAUGGACUUUGAAAUUUUGCACUGCCUAUACUUUUAUUUACAUAAAUCUGGCUAAUCUCUGUAGUGUUCAGGCCCAGUCUUUGAGAAUGGCUCAGCGUUCUUAGCCAACACAGUUCAGAGUUGGUUAGGUAGGAAUGCACUUUGACAACAUUUUAUCAUUUUCUCACUAUAAACUUAUACUGCCAUUUUGAUAGUGUUCUGUGGUCUUUUUACUUCUGUUCAAAUGAUAUCACCUAGCCUAGAGUUGCCAUUUUAUAGUGUGAGAAAAUCAGUUUUGAUGACUGUGUGCAAGAUGUAGAUGAUCCUGUAAAAAUAGGCUGGUUCUCCAUUAACUGAGGAGAGGCAAUAUUUUAUUUUGACUGUUAGGAUUUCUUGUGUUCUGGUUUGUUGCACAUAUUUUUGCAACAUUAAUGAACUUAAAUAAAUUAAUUGGAAAGAC